GUGUCCGUCGGCUAUUUCAAGAAGGUGAGGGUAGAAUGUCCCACUUCGCUCGUGAAUGCAAAUUUGCCACUCUGCUGCGCCCUGAGUUCCGGUACCUGAAAGAUCGAAUUCGUACCAUGGCCGAAGUCUUUGCCGUUGCUCGUCAGGGUGCAUUAAACCUGGCUAAUCUGCAUUGUCAUCGAUGGGUGGAAGGUCAAUUUGCAGAAUGUCCUCCAAUGCAUAAUCCAGUCUUUUGGUCCCGGGCGUUGAAGAUGGUGAUGACCAAUGUCCACGAAGUCGCCCUACCAGCAACGAUCGAUUCUAACUCUGGUCAAAAUUUGUACCAGUUCCCUGCGUUGACGUCUUCAUUCGUCCUUGUUGCCGAUUUCUUUUGCCACACAGCUACUAUGACAAAUGCAAUGGUGAAGAAGAUUCAACAACGGCAACAUGUUGACGCCGUCGACUUCUCCAACUUCCAAGUGGUCACAACGCCCGAAGUUCAGCUCAUGACGAAGAUGUUCCGAUUCCGUGGGGAUCGCCGACGUCGACGCUGGUGUUUGAAUGAUGAGGGGCAAGUCCUUCAUCAUACCUCCGCAUGUCCAGAUAGCCGACAAGUUCCGGCGAACGAUUAUCGCACCAAUGUGUAUCCCAUUCGGCAAUGCCCUCAAUGCGAGUCAGGGCAAGACGAACCGAGAAAACUUCUUUGGAACCGCGAUGUCAAUGCUGACCGCAACAUGCGCCGUAUAUUAGAGGCCUACAUGGCAGCUGACUGCCAGCUCGACUCCAUACCGGAAGCCCUCCGUCGAGCAUAAGUGCGCAGCUUUUGUUUGUAACUUCCUUUAUUCGGUGGAAACAGUCAGGCCCUCGGGUGGACCGGCAACAAUUCCCUUUUACUUCUUACUCCCGUCACACUAUUCUCUUUUUUUUAUGAAACCUUUCAUUUUUUAAAUUGCUUUAUGCGGUGGAAACAGUCAGGCCUUUACGCUAGACUGGCAACAAUUCCGUUUUGCUUCUUUU